UUUAAAAAAAAAUUAAGCAAAAACAAUAACAAUACACAGAAAGUGUCCAAACAUUGUUGUAUAUUGGCACAUGGCCACUAUUUAAAAAGUUAUAAACUCAAACAAAAUACCAUUUAUCAAUCAACCAAAAAGAAAAUCGAUUUCUGAAAACGCAAAUUUGUGCAAAAACAAUCAACUAAAAAGAAUCUUUGUAAAUCAGGCGAACAACAGCACCAACAAACAAAGCAAAAACGAUCACCGUGUUCUAAAUAUCAAAACAAAAGUAACCUUUUGUUUUAUUUGAGAAAAAACAAAAACAAAACUCGUAUCAAUUAUUUAAACAUCAAAAACUGUACAAAUUUUGAAUCGUAUUCUGAAGUUUUAACAUACAAUUUAAUUUAAUUUAUUGCCAAAAUUAUUUAAAGAUUACAGUUAGUGGAUAUUUAUUUAUUAAGCGAUUUAGAUAGUGUUAAAAAGUUAAUUUUCAUUGUUACGAGAUAUUCAAAAGUGAUCAUUUUCAACACAUACGGGCACCCUUCAUAUUAGGAAGACAUCUUUUUCUGACGAAAAUGAACGCUCGCUCACAAGUCUUUGACCUUACGAUCGAGGGUCGUCAAGUUGACGAGGCUGUUGCCAGCAUUUUUCAUACGGUGCUUUUUCAUCGCUGCCAAGGAAAGUAUUUAUACACAGGCGAUGCUCAAUAUUCUAUCGGCACAAUCGGUUACACUGACGUUGAUUGUGAUUUCAUCGACUUUACCUACGUUUGCUGCACUUCGGAUGGUCUAUUGCGCUCUGUUAAACGCGCAAUUAACGUUUUCAGCGAGAAGCUGCGUUCCAAUGAAAGUUGCGGUUCGGGCCAGAUUAGUUUGGAGUUUUUCCAGAAAAGGAAAUCACGUUGGCUGUUCCAGCAGGAGUGUAUACCGUGGGAGGUGUGGACAGUCCAUUUAGAUUUAGUAAAAUACGAAAAUGAAGACGAACGGCAAAUGAGUAGAGAAAAUGUUUCAGACUUACUCACAGAGAAAGUUAUAUACAUAACUGAAUUGAUGAAUCGUUCAGACUAUGUGCCCAAGACACCGAGUCAAAGUGAGCUGGAUCUCAUCUUUGACACCUCGUAUCCCGAUGUGCAGCCAUAUCUAUUCAAAUUCGACUACUCAACUGCAGGCUCACAGACACCAUCGGUCACCAAUACUGUUAAAAAGAUCAUCAAGGAAACAUUUACGUUGUGACGUGUGGUUCUCGCGAGUGAGUGCAGCCACCGCCAACAACAAGAGCAGCAGCAGUUGCAAUUAGAACAGCUAAAAAUCGAAAAGCUACAACCUGUGUGUGCUAAGGAUACGAUUGUUGUGGCGGAUGGAAAGUACUUCAGUGGCGGUACAAGUAUUAUGAUUUCUCAAGUAUGCCGAGCGCAGAGUAGUACAGCAAUCGAUGACGACACAAAACAGCUCAAGUCCACCUAUGUAGGUGGUAAACAAAGCGAACGCAAAUCAAUUUUGGCCAUUAUGGGUGGAUUAAUUUUGCUAUUUUUGUGUCAACACAAUCGCUUGGGCUCAUUUUAGUUGCACUUAACUAAUUACACAAUACAAUAUGUAUACACAUGCAUAGAUAGUUGCUAAACUCAACUUUAUUGUUAAUUAUUUACGGCUAAAUUUACUUGCAACGUAAGUGUGUUCCACUCUGCGCAUACUAAAGCAAGGAAACCAAUGCAAAGAAGGGCUCAGUUUGUUAAAUAAAACGAAGGAGAUUUAAAGCAAAUAAAAUAGAAUAAACGAUUUUCUAGCGAAACAAAUAUUUAUUAUAAACUAACGUAACAAAUAAUUUUGAAUUCAGAAACAUAAGCAAAUAAGCAUAAAUCGUUUAUAAAUUAAUUUAACAACAAUCGAUUUGAAUUUUUAAUAACUUUUUAAUUUUUCUUUUGCGGUAUUAUAUGCUAUAACAUUAGUUUAAUGAUCUCCAACGAUAAUUAACCCUCAAAUAUGUUUGUAUAGAUUGAACGCCUAUUUGUAUAUUAAGUAAAAUUAGAAUGCGGGAUUGACCAAACUAAGGGCAUAUUAUGUAUUUCAUAAUACUUGAGCUUGAGGAAAGAUCUUUCGAAUAUAAAUCUAAAUAUAUGCCUAAAAUUAACUGCUUUUCGUUUUCUGAAAUUUAUAUCCCAAAAAUUACGUCUAUUGUCUUUUAUUUGCUUUAUCUGUACACAUUUUGAUAAAAACAAAAAAACGUAUGCCACCACCAAGAGCUAACCAUGCAACUUUCAUUAAUUUAUUCGUUCAUUACUGUUAACGAUUUUUUACUUGCUUUUUAAUAACUUUUUUACGAUUAUUGUUUAACGCAUGCAAGCAGUUGGCGGCAAAUACGUUAUUAUAAUGCGUAACUAGGUCUCUGUUUUGUCAGAAGCAUGAAUGUGCAAAAUUUACAAUUUUGAGCUAACCUUUGGAUAUGCUAUACCAAAACCCGGUAUAUAACAGGUGUACAAGGAACCCACGAACAACUUUUUUAUCAGAAAUUCAACCAUCUGAUUUUAGGAGAGCGAAAACUUCUUACCUACCAACAUUUUCAUUUUUACUCAUUCAGAUUGCUGGCAUUAAGGAGGCGGUGUUAAUAAAAAAAAAGAAAAUUAAUUCUGAUUAAAUCGACACUUUCAUGUGCUUUUAGUUUUUAAUUCCUUACAAAAACUUUAAUUUUUUAUCUGGAGAGUUUUACUUUCUUGCUGGUUUGUGGCUUAGUUUGCGUUGUAUUGCCAAGACGUGGAGAAAAAUUAAAAAAAAAAAAACCUAAGCCUCAAAUAUUUAAAAUUGAACUGCAGCUAAUUUUUAUAUUUUAUUUAAAAUCAAAAAUUUAAAAUGAAAUGCUUGAAGUAAUUCAAGUGUGUUCAAAUGCGCCUACAUUGAUUUCCGUUAAUGCUGAAUCAUUCUUCUGCCAAAGUUUGGGUUCCAAAUUUGGCAUUUUAAUUUAUUAUUUUUAUACUCGCUUGCGUCUUGAAUUAACUUUACGUUUCACUAAUGAACGGCAUGCAAUAUUAUGUAUAUUUUUUAUAUUACGUUAUGCAUUACUAUGUUAUGUUACUUGAAAUUAAGGUAUAUCGUUUAAGACAUACAAAGCGUACCUUCGUUAGAAAAUUUGUAACCCUACAUUAAGGGGAAUUAAUUCAAGUUGAAUAAGUUAGGCUUAUGUUUUAUUUCAUAUGAUUUUUGUGAUCUGCAAAGAUAUGAAUUUGUGCAAGUGUGUAUAGUUUUUAUUACUAAUUUCCAUGUGUCAAACGUGAUAUCUAAACGAUGUUCAACUUGCAUAACGAAGCGGUAGUUCGUUUUCCUUAAGCAAUUCGAUAACUAUGUAACUUGAACAUAUAAUAUUUUUCUACUAUUCAGUAGUUGUAAUACGUGGGCGAAUGAGACGUUAUUUUUUUUAAAUAAUUUUGUUAAUUUAAUAUUUUUUACUUUUUUAUAUAUCCAUAAAAUUGGAAUAUCUGUAAAAGCAAACCUCAUUAAAAAGGAAGAAGAAGAAAAAAACAACAAAAAGGUAACCAUGAUAAAUAUAGCAAAUUGAAAUGCUGUAAAUUUUUUGUUGUAGCAAAUGAAUUACAUAUUAUCAACUGAACGAACUCACCUGACCCAACGUACAUACUAUGUAGUUUAUUUGUCCACACACACGUUUUUAAACAAAUAAAUAAAUAACUAUGAAACAUAGAGAUGAAAAAGGAUGUGGUAUAUAUAAGAAGUGUAGAUGUGUUUUGAAUGUGUAGCAUUGAUGUUGUUCAUUGUUGUGUGAUGUGUAUGUAUUGCAUUGAUGUACUUGUAUAAAAAAAGAGAAAUUGAAGAAAGUAUGAAAACAGGAGAAAGAAAAUGUCAAAAACGAUGCUAGAAAAUAUGAUAUCAAAAAUAUGGGACAAUUAAUCAUUUUUUUUAAUAAUGAUUAAUUACUUAAUUGUAGUUUCCAAAAUUGUUUCUCAUCUAAAAGCAUAUAAAAACUCUUUAGAUGCGAAAACAAAGAUUUAAAAGCAAUGUUUUGCAGUUGGAGAAGAAUGGCUUCUGCGAUGGUCUGAGCCCUCAUACGAAUCGCUUAAAAAAUCGUAACUAAAUUGCAUACAAAUAAUUUGCCUUUAUUGGGUAAACAAAAUUAUGUCACUCAUAUGCAUAUGUAUGUAUAUAUAAAAUUUAGGCUUGUCCCACACUUACGUUUACAAUUUUACACACAUUCAUAUUCAUAAUCAUAAACAAUAUACACAAAAAAGGUAUUUAGAACAAAAAGAAAAAAUUAUUUCAAAAACAAAAAUCGUUACUGAGAAGGUAAUGUUGACGAACGGUUAACUUAGAGUGAGGAGAUUGCCUUAAGCACACUCUUAAUUAUUUAUGAACAAUUAUGUAAGGGCGUAUAUCCAUGUAUUAAAAACACAAAACAAAUUUUAGCAAUCGAAUCAUUUUAGCACACACACCAUUAACUAGAAAUAAACAGGGAUCGGUUGGAGUGUUGCUCUAUUCGUUGAAAGAAGAUGUUGCUCAAUGAAGCUAUUUAAAAAACAAAAGAUUACUUAUUUUUGAUUAAAUGCAUGAAAAUUACAAAGAGUGGGCGAAAAAUGCUAUGAAAAUUUGUUAAACUUUUCGUUUCAUGUUGACGGAAUUAUUUUAAUUUCAUUAUUUUAAAUCAAAAGAAAAAUAUGUUAGCGCCUAUUUUUUAAUUCUAUGUAUUAUUGAUUAAAUUCAUCAUUUCGAGUUUACAAAAAUCUUUUCUAAGCAAUGAAAUACAAUAUGUAAGCACACUUUUUAAAUUAUAUUAUUGAUUAAAUUCACUAUUUCGAGCUUACACAAAUCCUUUCUAGGCAAUGAAAUUCAAUUUUACUGUUUUCGCUACUCACUGUCCUUAAACAGUACUAAGAAACGUUCUGAUAAUAUUUCAAGGGUUAUAAAAAAUAUAAAUGACGGGUCUUUCACAAGUAACACGUAGAUAUCGGUAGUGAAUAAUUCGUCGACGGUACCCUUUUUUAUGUCAUCUUUGACAUUAGUCAAGUAGACUAUACAGAUGCACAGUUUUUUUUUACUGGACUCAAUAGCUACAACCUCUGUGUACAACUUGUAUGCAGUGUUUUUACGCUAAUACGUUAAUAAAACAUUUAACAAAGUCUCUGAAGAUCUAAAUUCCGUCCCUUGAAGUAAUAGUGUAUAUGCGUAAUUUCGGUCGAUUAUUAGCGUACUAAAAUGAAAUCCACUUUUUUUCGUUUUUGCAUUACUUAUAAAAGAUGGUCCCUGAGCACAAAACCACACCCACAUUUACAGACAGACAAAUGGUAAUAUAUUUUAUACUUGCUAGUGUAUAUUAAACUAUUAAGCAGCACUUUAUAUGUAUGCUACCUUACAGCAGAAUAAAGUAAGGCAGUACCAUUGAUUUUAGUCAAACCUUUACCACUGGCCGCCACCACGACCCACAUACAUACAACAUAUAGGUAUACAUAUAUUUUUAUGACUACACGUAUAAAGUAAACUUAACAAAAUUUUAUGUAUUUACAAGCACGAAAUAGUAAUUUAUUUGAACUUAACGGAAGUGUUAUCAAUAUGUGCAUACCCGGAGAAAAAUGCAAAAACAAAAGAGCCGACUAUAAAAAAAGAAAAGAAAAAUUAUAAUGCAAAAACAAUGAGAAAUGCAUUUCUGUUUUGUAAUCUACAUCACUUAACGGCAAGCUCCAACUACACAUAUGUAAGUAAUACACAAAACUACACUUUUAAAAGAUAACUACAAAAAAGUAACUACACAACAACUUAAAAACUACGUAAUACCCAAUAUUUACUAUUUAAAUAACGCAUACAUAUAAGUAAAAUACAUAUAUAGUAUGAUGAUACGAUAAAUGCUAACCAUUGGUUAAUUGAUCGAUGGACAAUUCGUGUAUUUUCUGUAGUUUGUAUUGUAGUGAACCAACUUACGAAAAGCUUUGUUAAAAAAAGUGAUUUAAGAUAAUCGGAGAACUCCACACUUAUUGCUAUUAUUUAGUGCAACAACGAUUGACCCAUAAAUAUCGGCUAGCCGAAAGCAGUGAGGAAAUAAAAUGAAUACAAAAAAAAUCCCCAAAUUCUAAAUAAGUGAUUAAUUGACACUCCUACUCGCACUAUGUAAAUGUACGUGCAUACAUUUGUGUGCAUAUACUCGUAUAAUAAUGUGUGUAUAUAACGCUAAGUAUGAAGGAAGAAGCAUUGCAUUCUUGUUGAAAAUCAAAAUGAAUAUAAUAACGUGGAAAACUAUUAUAUAACAUGUAUCCAUCCGCCAUUAUAUUAUUAGUCAGUAGUGAAAUCUGAAAAUAUUUCUUAAAAUUUUGUGUAAUAUUUAAUUUUUAAUAAUUCAACCAACUGCGUAUCACAAACUAUUAUUUUAAAUUAUCAUUAUAUAUUAUAUAUAUGUACAUGUAAAAGCAUUGAAAAUAAGAGCCUGUCUCAACGCAAAAAGGUUCAUUUUUUAGUGGAAAUAAGGAGUUAGAAAAUAAACUUAUUGUAAACUAUCUGAGUUUGCCACCAUCAGUAAUAAUUGAUACGACAACAAAAAAGAAUUGUGAUUCAUACAUAAAGUAGUUAACUUUAAGCUAUUAACACUUCUAAGCAUACCUGUUUUCGAAGAUGCAAAUGCAAAUGCAUAUACAUAUAUGUGUAUGUAUGUAGAUAUGUACAUAUAUACAUAUUUACAUGUGACACACUUGAUUAUGAUGUUGAAGCUUAAUACGAAGCUGAGAGCAUCCGUGCGAAAUAAACGUUAAAUGUUUAUUAAGCAGACAUACAAAACAUGCAACAUUUACUUUAAUAUAGAUUUGACACUUUUUUCUUGUAAUUUUACUAUCUACUGUAUUUUUUAGGUACAAAUAAAUUUGAACUUUUACGAUAUCUAAAGUUUUUUAAAUUAAAAAGAAAAGUAUAAGAUAUGGAAAAGCAGAAAUUGAAGUACACUUUGCAACACGAGUAAUGAUGAUAAUGCUUAUUGUGCAUAAUAUCUUCAAUUCACUAUGAUUCAUAUAAUAUUUAUUAUAAAAUAAACAAUAAUUAUGUAGUAAUUUAAUGAUAAUGACUAAAAUAACAAUAAUGGUGUUUAUGAAGAUUUCUACCAUAUACAUACAUACAUAUUUAAAUAUUAUUCAAUUAGUUGUAGCAAUGAAUCUAAAAUAAUUGUAUAUUUAGUUGAGUAUGCCCAAUGAAUGCAAAAACCACAAAAUAACAAAAAAGAAAAAAAAAACAUACAAGAAAUGAAAAAUGAAGUGUGUAAA